GAAAUCGGCUAGCGUGACGUUACGACGUGCGGCGAGAGUCAUUUAAUGGUAACGGGCCCCGAUGCCUUCUAACAUUUAAUCCCGAUACGUUCGCGUCGAGACCCGAAACCGAACCGAGUGCAGUGUGUUCCAGUGACUAAGAAAGAUUCUGUGACCAACAAACAGAAACAAACGAAUCUGCGAGUAAAAAACGAAGAGAAACGAUUGAACGCGUAACUUAGACCAGUGCAAGAAGAGGAUCACGAUGGCAGCCCAAGAUCAUCAGGCUGCCUUAGCCGCUGUCUUCUCUGCGUUGCUGUUCUUCUUCCCUCUGUUAGCUCACGGGGAGGAGCCUUCCUUGGAGAUCCUGCCGAGCGGGGACACGCAGACGAAGCCAAUCGGGUCCAGCAUCAUCAUGACGUGCAAGCCCAAGGUCGAAGACACCAAGCUGAUCAAAGACAUGCAAUGGCUCAAUCCGCAGAACCGUGUGAUCGAUCCACUGAAACUCGUCGUCUUGCCGAUCGAAAGCACGUUCCCGGGACAAUUGAAACCGCCGAUGUACACCGAAUUGCACCAGGACAACAUUCUGUCACUGUACUUCAAUUCGCUUCAAGAGGAACAGGCUGGAAAAUACACGUGUCGAGGCACUUACGCGAACUCGAUAUAUUUGAACAAGUCCGUAACGAUCGAUACAAUUGUUGCGAUCACUUGGGACAAUGCACCUGAGAAUCAAUACCCUAUUCUGGGCGAAGACUUCGCGAUUCAGUGCAAAGUGCGGGCUCGGCCCUCGCCCUUAGUCGACUGGCUCUACAACGGUGAAUUAAUUAAGACGAACGACCGCUACGUAAUAGACAAGAACGCGCUGACGAUCAGGAAUGUGCAAAAAUCCGACGACGGCGUCUACACUUGUCGGGCUUCGGUGUUGACUACCGGGGAGCUUAAAGAACGAACCAUUCAUGUCGAGGUCCACGUGCGUCCAACGCUGGAGGAGGAUCACCCGACCAUGGUGGACAUAAUCGAAGGCGAGGACGCGAGCAUACAAUGCAAAGCUCACGGCAAGCCGCAGCCAAGUAUCAGCUGGGUGAAAUUGUUGAACCAACAAAACUUGUCCGACGCUGACCGUUUCGGAGUGAACCCGACCACAGGGGUGUUAACUAUCACCAACGUGAACCGCGAGGACUCGGGCAAGUACCAGUGCACGGCGACGAACGCGGUUGGCAGCGCCACGAUGAACAUCACGGUGAACGUAAUCGUCAAGCCGAAGAUCAUCGAUUUCCAGAACGGCACCGUGGUGGAGAGCAAGGAAGCUACUAUCGUGUGCAAAGCGUUCGGCAGGCCUCCGCCGGAAGUCACGUUCCGCAAACACACGUCGCAGAAGCCGUACGAAAAGGGCGCGCAGCCUGACGACGACAGGAUCAUCCUCACGAACAGCCAGGACGAUACCAAGUGGGAAACGGUGGGCACGCUGACGAUCCACGAGUCGAUGCGAUCCAACGACGGCUUGUACGAGUGCAUCGCCCAGAAUGCAGGCGGCGAGGACCGUAGGAACGGUCAUCUCACUGUCGAGUUCCCGCCAUCGUUCGCCUCGAUGACCAAUAAGACCGUUUGGUCCUGGGAACAAAGGCCGGUCAACAUCAGCUGCAUCGCUGAGAGCAUACCGAACGCGACGAUACGCUGGACGAGUCACGGCGACAAGCAGAUCGACAACGACGCAAUGAUCAAGCAGCUUGGCACCGGCCCGCUGUCCACUUUGAUGAUCGUGCCGCUGGACAGGAGGUAUUACACCACGUACAAGUGCAUCGCGUCCAAUGUCCACGGGACCCGGGAGCACACCAUCGAGUUACAAGAGGCGACCAAGCCCGGCGACGUCCAACAGUCGAAGAUGAUCGAGAUCACCGCCACUACGAUACGGUUUGAACUUGUACCGCCGACUACGCAUCCGGAAUUGCCGGUCAGGGCCAUCACCGUGCAGUACAAAGAGGACACCCAGACUUGGUCGGAAGCUAGGAAUCAGACGUGGUCUGCCGAGCCUCCGUACGUCUUGGAGGGUCUGAAACCGCAGACAGCAUACGAAUUCCGGUUCGCCGCGCAGAACGAGGUCGGGCUGGGCAACUGGGGAGCCUUGUACCGUGAAGUCACACCCACCAGGACCUUCCCGAAUCAGCCGAAGAUAAUCUCGAAAAAAACCGAGUACGAUCUGUCCGCGUUCAACAAUCAAUACGAGCUGUCGUGGGUGGCGCCGGCGGAUAACGGCGAGCCGAUCGACAUGUACGAGAUCAAGUUCUGUCAAAUAAGACGCGUGGCCGGCGAAUGGCAGAUGUUGGAGAGCUCCUGCCGGACGGAUGAAGUGAAGACGCAAGGCAGGACGAGGCACUGGCUGAAGAACCUGGUCUCGGACACCUUCUACAAAGUCGAGCUUAGGGCGCACAACAAAAUCGGCUUCAGCCAGCCGGGAACGUCGAAAUUCAAGACGGCAAGGGGUAUAGACACCACCGUAGUCCAUCAUCAAGGACCUCUAAUAUCGAGCGCAGCCAUAAUCGGUAUCGUGAUCGCGGUACUGUUCAUUAUCAUCAUACUGAUCGACGUGAUCUGCUGUUGCGCCAAUAAGACAGGAAUUAUAUAUUAUGUUUGCGAACGAUCCCGCCGGAAACCAGUGGACGAAGACGACGCGAAGCUCGGCAGAGACGAGAAGGAGCCGUUGAAGGAAGAGAAGAAGAUCACGCCGAUCAUCGACUCGGGCCUGCGCCGUGAAACAUCGAUCACCUUCGACGGGAAAAGGUCCGUCUCGAAGACCGGGUUCGUCGGCAAGGACUCGGCCGUCUAGAUAUUCUUCCGGCGUACUAGAUUGUAAAUCGUAAAACCGUGGAAACGCCUGUUUCUGGCCAAAGUGUUCUCGAAACGAUACGAAACGACUCGCGCAUCCCUGGACAACAUCGCAUUCCCGCCCGAAACUUUCGAAUCCGCUGCGCGUCGUUCGGGAAAUCACCGCGGGGAGGGCUAACCGGCGGGAAAUUCAAAGAUCAGGUAAACCUCGUUCCUCGUUCUGACGACACAGCGCGCGCGCAUCAGCGCGAAUCGAUCGAGCAGGAUGAAACAGCACGAGGGAUCGAGUUCGACCGCCAAAUCCGCGCAAAAUGUCCGAUGACCGAUCAAACUCGCGGGUCAAUCCUCGUCGCGCCUCCGGGGAUGCGACGAGACACCGUAGCCGCCGCCUCUUUAUUGGCAAGCACACUCGUCGGCGACGCGAAAUUCGUCUGAUCUCUCGACACCCGGUAGUUCUGCACAAUCAUUUCGCUAAGGUUAAGGAAAACCUUCGCGAAAAUGAAAAUGUUUCUUUUGCUACCCUCGCCCCGUUCCUCGCCAAUCCCUCCGGUCAAUGUAAUCGCCAAAGCAGCAACACGGCAGCACAGAUAAACGCAUCGAUCUACCGGUGACGCCGGGUACCCAGGUACCCGCACGGAGAUCGUUCUCUAGCGCGGAGAGACACCGUCGAUGUAAUUUGUAACUUUUAGCGAGUAUUUGCAAAGGUGGAGCCUAGAUAGAUCGCUUACACGAGGAGGAGGAAUGUACAAAAUUUAUCGCGGAAAUUGGUAGAAGUCGGUCGGUAAUUAGUGAUCACUGCUUCGAGGCACCCUCUUAGAUAAUCGCAGUCUAGUACGCUGGGUAGUACUGUGUUAUCGUGCGCACAGCGCGACGGUAAAUCAAGGCGAAAAAGUAAUGGGAAACGUUUUCCCCCCGUUGCGUCUCGUUUCUUCGUGGGAAACGGGAACUGUUUUACCGACUGACGAUAAGGGACUGAACGUUCGAAAGCAUUCCUCGCACGAAACGAGCGGAACGGGCGGAAACGCACGCGCACUCUUUGAAACGGUGUCCGCCAUUUUGGCGAACCACCGAGUCUGUGUAUAUAUAUUCUUUCGAAAGUUGUAUUCUCUCGACUCCUCGCCCAUUCCUCGACGUUCUAUUCGAGACACGUUGUAUGGUCCACACGAUGCAUAUAUUUCAUUUUUCCUACUGUUCCGUUUCCGAGAAUACCAUGUUAUCGAUUUUCGUGGUUACGUACGACCUUGGUUUCAAAGACUGAUUCAUUUAAGCGUGAGAUACUCACGCGAACGAGCCGCGUGUACCGGUUAUAUCAUUGACGAUCAAGUAGCUCAGGUCAAGGACUCUCUUGAAUAAUACAUGACUCGGACGUUCGUAAAGACAUCAUGGAAAUGACAAUUCCUUUCUUGCCCGCUGACAAAAGCAAGAUUGACGGUAAACGAUAGAUCGCCGCCACCCGAGCCGUGUAACCGUUCCUUUUCCGCGGUUAGUCGAUUGGUUGCGUUUCUAGGACGAAAGUGUAUUCCCCAUUGUUCUGUCAGUGAUCGUUCUUAUCGCGAUAGUUUACCGUGUACAUUCUACGAUGUAAAUGUUCGCCAGUGGCGACGCGCGCAAGAGCAGCCCAACCAUUUCAUGUUUGUUUGUUUCAUUUUUAUUUUCUUUCUUUUUCGUACGUUUUUAAUUCAAGUAGUAUUUUGCGUAUUCAUUGCGUUAGUUGACUGUCUAGGGUAAGGAAGUAAGCGAACCGAGAAUUUGGACAGCUUUUGCUAAAAAAUUCCGGUUGGUAAGCGUGUCAUCGGGACUGUGGAUCGUAGUGACAGCACCGGUGGCAGCAUACAGUCGUCACUGCGAUACAGCGAGGUCGUAAAUUAAAGUUUCAAGGUAGAAUCGAAACUCACCGGAAUGGGUACCAAUUGAUUUUGCAGGAUUUCGGACCGCAUCAAAGGUGUUGAUCACAGUUCCGAGUCCUAAAACCCUCUACCUAUAUUGACACAUGUUGCAAUGCAUACACUGACUCCCAAGCUUCAUGAUACAUGUUGCAAUGUAUGUAAUUCGACGAAUUGGUAUCAGAAACAACUGUCGUUACACGACAAACUCAGAGGAAUUGUUAAUGUGGAAGCAAACUGAAACUGAUACAAGUUUCAUGAAGGCUAACAGUCGAUGCAUGCAGCACAUGUUUCAACGUGUGUAGAGGGCUUAAGGUCAUAUUUCUAUCGAUUCGUUGGUCCUAUCACUUGAAACAUGUUUACUUUAAUUGAACCAACUUUUUUUUUAAGAGUUCUCUAUAUCUUGGCGACGACUAUACCUAAAGACUGUAAGAUAAAGGAAUCAAAGAAGGUUUCGAAAGAUACGGUUCGCUGGCACAGUGAUAUUGUCCUGCGACGACACGCUCACUUAGGCCGCGUAUCUUUUUAAAAGUCUCUCUCUGGAUAUUGUAUGUAUAGCGUAAUCAGAAGCAGCGGCAACACUUCGACGUUCGUUGAUCAAGCAUUCCCCGCCUCGGACGGAUCAGCAAAGGUCCGACGCGGUUCACCAUGUUGUAACUAUUAACCGAAUUUCCGUUUUCCCAGAUACGUAAAGCAAACACACAAAGAACAAUCGAAAGCUGCCAUAUACAGAUAUAUAAAUAUAUAUAUAAAUAUAUAUAUAAAUAUUAUAUAUAUAUUUAAAUAUACAUAUUACAAUAUUUGACACUAUGAAAUUACCACGUUCUGUCCUAAUGUGUAAGAUGGCUUUCCGAGACAAAAAACGCAGUUUAAAAUGUGAUAAGUUUUUGUAAAUGCUUGUAAACGUUUUUCCUAAUCAUUAAGGAGUAUCAGAGAUAAGUUUAGGAAGAGAAGAGUGGGGGGAACCGGUAAGUUUAGAACGUUCUGCGCGAUUUCGGAAGGUGCGUUCGCAAUGGUGAAAAAAAGAGAGAAAAGGAAGAAGUUAGGCAAAGGGAAGGAAAAGAGCGGCGUUAAUAAGAGUGACAGGAAGAGCAAUCGAUCGCGUGUAUAUUUAUUUAAGAGGAUCAAUGUGUACCUACAAAUUUAAAAAAAAGGAAAUAAUAAUAAUAAUAAAAGUGGAAAAGUUUAAAAAAGUAUAGAGCAUCGCCUCCUCGCUUGCGAACGCACUGUCUGCACAGGUAGCUUUUUUACGUACCCGUAAACACAGAGUUUUGCCAAAUAUAUAGUACUUAUUAGCUUAUAAGUCAACGAGUACAUAUUAUACACGAGAAACAAAAAAAAAUAUAUAUAAUUAUAUCGACGAGAAAACAAGAAAAACAAAAAAA